GGGCCGUAGGCAAAGGGAGGUGGGGAGGCGGUGGCCGGCGACUCCCCGCGCCCCGCUCGCCCCCCGGCCCUUCCCGCAGCGCUCGGCCUCGUUCCUUUCCUCCUCCGCUCCCUCCGUCUUCCGUACCCGCCCCGCGCGGCUUUCGGCCGGCGUGCCUCGCGCCCUAACGGGCGGCUGGAGGCGCCAAUCAGCGGGCGGCAGGGUGCCAGCCCCGGGGCUGCGCCGGCGAAUCGGCGGGGCCCGCGGCCCAGGGUGGCAGGCGGGUCUACCCGCGCGGCCGCGGCGGCGGAGGAGCAGCUCGCCAGCCAGCAGCCCGCCAGCCGCCGGGAGGUUCGAUACAAGAGGCUGUUUUCCUAGCGUGGCUUGCUGCCUUUGGUAAGAACAUGUCGUCCAUCUUGCCAUUCACGCCGCCAGUUGUGAAGAGACUGCUGGGAUGGAAGAAGUCAGCUGGUGGGUCUGGAGGAGCAGGCGGAGGAGAGCAGAAUGGGCAGGAAGAAAAGUGGUGUGAGAAAGCAGUGAAAAGUCUGGUGAAGAAGCUAAAGAAAACAGGACGAUUAGAUGAGCUUGAGAAAGCCAUCACCACUCAAAACUGUAAUACUAAAUGUGUUACCAUACCAAGGUCUCUUGAUGGUCGUCUCCAGGUAUCCCAUCGAAAAGGAUUGCCACAUGUUAUAUAUUGCCGAUUAUGGCGCUGGCCUGAUCUUCACAGUCAUCAUGAACUCAAGGCAAUUGAAAACUGCGAAUAUGCUUUUAAUCUUAAAAAGGAUGAAGUAUGUGUAAACCCUUACCACUAUCAGAGAGUUGAGACACCAGUUUUGCCUCCAGUGUUAGUGCCCCGACACACCGAGAUCCUAACAGAACUUCCGCCUCUGGAUGACUAUACUCACUCCAUUCCAGAAAACACUAACUUCCCAGCAGGAAUUGAGCCACAGAGUAAUUAUAUUCCAGAAACGCCACCUCCUGGAUAUAUCAGUGAAGAUGGAGAAACAAGUGACCAACAGUUGAAUCAAAGUAUGGACACAGGCUCUCCAGCAGAACUAUCUCCUACUACUCUUUCCCCUGUUAAUCAUAGCUUGGAUUUACAGCCAGUUACUUACUCAGAACCUGCAUUUUGGUGUUCAAUAGCAUAUUAUGAAUUAAAUCAGAGGGUUGGAGAAACCUUCCAUGCAUCACAGCCCUCACUCACUGUAGAUGGCUUUACAGAUCCAUCAAAUUCAGAGAGGUUCUGCUUAGGUUUACUCUCCAAUGUUAACCGAAAUGCCACAGUAGAAAUGACAAGAAGGCAUAUAGGAAGAGGAGUGCGCUUAUAUUACAUAGGCGGGGAAGUUUUUGCUGAGUGCCUAAGUGAUAGUGCAAUCUUUGUGCAGAGCCCCAAUUGUAAUCAGAGAUAUGGCUGGCACCCUGCAACAGUGUGUAAAAUUCCACCAGGCUGUAAUCUGAAGAUCUUCAACAACCAGGAAUUUGCUGCUCUUCUGGCUCAGUCUGUUAAUCAGGGUUUUGAAGCCGUCUAUCAGCUAACUAGAAUGUGCACCAUAAGAAUGAGUUUUGUGAAAGGGUGGGGAGCAGAAUACCGAAGGCAGACAGUAACAAGUACUCCUUGCUGGAUUGAACUUCAUCUGAAUGGACCUCUACAGUGGUUGGACAAAGUAUUAACUCAGAUGGGAUCCCCUUCAGUGCGUUGCUCAAGCAUGUCAUAAAGCUUCACCAAUCAAGUCCCAUGAAAAGACUUAAUGUAACAACUCUUCUGUCAUAGCAUUGUGUGUGGUCCCUAUGGACUGUUUACUAUCCAAAAGUUCAAGAGAGAAAACAGCACUUGAGGUCUCAUCAAUUAAAGCACCUUGUGGAAUCUGUUUCCUAUAUUUGAAUAUUAGACGGGAAAAUUAGUGUCUAGAAAUACUCUCCCAUUAAAGAGGAAGAGAAGAUUUUAAAGACUUAAUGAUGUCUUAUUGGGCAUAAAACUGAGUGUCCCAAAGGUUUAUUAAUAACAGUAGUAGUCAUGUGUACAGGUAAUGUAUCAUGAUCCAGUAUCACAGUAUUGUGCUGUUUAUAUACAUUUUUAGUUUGCAUAGAUGAGGUGUGUGUGUGCGCUGCUUCUUGAUCUAGGCAAACCUUUAUAAAGUUACAGUACCUAAUCUGUUAUUCCCACUUCUCUGUUAUUUUUGUGUGUCUUUUUUAAUAUAUAAUAUAUAUCAAGAUUUUCAAAUUAUUUAGAAGCAGAUUUUCCUUGUAGAAAAACUAAUUUUUCUGCCUUUUACCAAAAAUAAACUCUUGGGGGAAGAAAAGUGGAUUAACUUUUGAAAUCCUUGACCUUAAUGUGUUCAGUGGAGCUUAAACAGUCAUUCUUUUUGUGGUUUUUUGUUUUGGUUUGUUUUUUUAACUGCUAAAUCUUAUUAUAAGGAAACCGUACCGAAAACCUUUCCAAGCCUCUUUUUUCCAUUCCCAUUUUUGUCCUCAUAAUCAAAACAGCAUAACAUGACAUGAUCACCAGUAAUAGUUGCACUGAUACGCUGGCACCAGUUAAUUCUGGGGUACAGUAAGAAUUCAUAUGGAGAAAGUCCCUUUGUCUUAUGCCCAAUUUUCAACAGGAAUAAUUGGCUUGUAUAAUCUAGCAGUCUGUUGAUUUAUCCUUCCACCUCAUAAAAAAUGCAUAGGUGGCAGUAUAAUUAUUUUCAGGGAUAUGCUAGAAUUACUUCCACAUAUUUAUCCCUUUUUAAAAAAGCUAAUCUAUAAAUACCAUUUUUCCAAAGGUAUUUUAAAAUAUUUCAACAGCAGACCUUCUGCUCUUCGAGUAGUUUGAUUUGGUUUAGUUACCAGAUUGUAUUAUGAAAUGGAUCUUUUGUAAAUGUAAUUGUUUCUGCAAAAUACCUAGAAAAGUGAUGCUGAGGUACGAUCAGCAGAUAUGGGCCAUCUGUUUUUAAAGUAUGUUGUAUUCAAUUUGUAAAUUGAUUGUUAUUCUACACAUAAUUAUGAAUUCAGAAUUUUAAAAAUUGGCGGAAAAGCCAUUUAUUUAGCAAGUUUUUUAGCUUAUGUUACCUGCAGUCUGAGCUGUUCUUGACUGAUCCUGGUUUUGUGAUUGACAAUACUUUAUACUCUGUAGUGAGAGGAGAUUUCCAAAACUCUGUUGCUAGUUCAUUCUGCAGCAAAUAAUUAUUAUGUCUAAUGUUGACUCAUUGCAGUUUAAACAUUUCUUCUUGUUUGCAUCUUAGUAGAAAUGGAAAAUAACCACUCCUGGUCGUCUUUUCAUAAAUUUUCAUAUUUUUGAAGCUAUCUUUGGUACUUGUUCUUUGAAAUCAUAUCCACCUGUCUCUAUAGGUAUCAUUUUCAAUACUUUCAACAUUUGGUGGUUUUCUAUUGGGUACUCCCCAUUUUCCUAUAUUUGUGUGUAUAUGUAUGUGUUCAUGUAAAUUUGGUAUAGUAAUUUUUUAUUCGUUCCACAAAUAUUUAUUGUUCACCUGUUUGUACCAGGAACUUUCUUAGUCUUUGGGUAAAGGUGAACAAGACAACUACAGUUCCUGCCUUUGCUGAGACAGCAGUUACACUAACCCUUAAUCAUCUUACUUGUCUAUGAAGGAGAUAAUCAGGGUACUGUACUGGAGAAUAACAGAUGGGAUGCUUCAGGUAGGACAUCAAGGAAAGCCUCUAAGGAAAGGAUGCAUGAGCUAACACCUGACAUUGAAGAAGCAAGCCAAGUGAUGAGCCAGGGGAGAUAAGCAUUCCUGGCAAAGAGAAUAGCAUCAAAUGCAAAAAGGUUCACACUAAAGGAAACUCAUGAUUAGGUAUUAAUGCUUUAUACAGAAACCUCUAUACAAAUCCAAACUUGAAGAUCAGAAUGGUUCUACAGUUUAUAAUAUUUUGAAGGUGGCCUUAUUUUGUGAUAGUCUGCUUCAUAUCAUUCUAAUACAUCUUCUUCCUCAACCUUUGCUGUAAAAAUUUCGUUUGCACCACAUCAGUACUACUUAAUUUAACAAGCUUUUGUUGUGUAAACUCUCACCGUUUUAGUGCCCUGCUGCUUGCUUCCAGACUUCGUGCUGUCCAGUAAUUAUGUCUUCUACUACCCAUCUUGUGAGCAGAGUAAAUGUCCUAGGUAAUACCACUAUCAGGCCUGUAGGAGAUACUCAGUGGAGCCUCUGCCCUUCUUUUUCUUACUUGAGAACUUGUAAUGGUGUUAGGGAACAGUUGUAGGGGCAGAAAACAACUCUGAAAGUGGUAGAAGGUCCUGAUCUUGGCGGUUACUCUUGCAUUACGGUGUUAUGUGAAGCAGUGCCUACUAUGCUGUUUCAGUAGUGGAGCACAUCUCUACAGUUCUGGUGUGAUUUUUCUCUACAGUAUGAAAUUGGGACUCAACUGUUUGAAAACACCUAUUGAGCAGUUAUACCUGUUGAGCAGUUUACUUCAUGGUUGUAAUUACAUUUGUGUGAAUAUGUUUGAUGCUUUUUAAUGAGAUGAUGUUUUUUGUAUUUUAUCUACUGUGGCUUGAUUUUUUUUGUUUUCUGCCCCUCCCCCCAUUUAUAGGUUUGGUUUUCAUUUUUCUAAGUGAUAGAAUCCCCUCUUUGUUGAAUUUUUGUCUUUAUUUAAAUUAGCAACAUUACUUAGGAUUUAUUCUCCACAAUACUGGUAAUUUUCUAGGAGUGAUGACCUGAGAACUGAAUGGCCAUGCUUUCUAUCACAUUUCUAAGAUGAGUAGUAGUUUUUCCAGUAGGUUCCACAGAGACACCUUGGGGGCUGGCUUAGGGGAGGCUCUUGGAGUUCUCACUGACUUUGGUCUAGCCAGUGGCAUCUUUAUUCUGUACUGAAGAACUGCAUGGGGUUUCUUUUGGAAAGAGUUUCAUUGCUUUAAAAAGAAGCUCAGAAAGUCUUUAUAACCACUGGUUGAGAUUAGAAAAUAUAACUGGAUUUAGGCAUACCUUCUGGAAUACCACUGAUUGCGCUCUUUUUAUCCUACUUUAAAGAAGCUUUCGUGAUUAGAUUUGAGCUAUAUCAAUUAUACUGAUUAUACCUUAUAAUACACAUUCAGUUAGUAAAGAUUUAUUGAUGCCUGUUGUUUGCCCAGCCACUGUGAUAGAUAUUGAAUAAUAAAAAGAUGACGGAUGGGGCCCUGACCCUUGAGCUGUGCUUGGUCUUGUAGAGGUUAUGUUUUUUUUCUCAGGACCUGUCACUUUGGCAGAAGGAAAUCUGCCUAAUUUUUCUUGAAAGCUAAAUUUUCUUUGUAAGUUUUUACAAAUUGUUUAAUACCUAGUUGUAUUUUUUACCUUAAGCCACAUUCAGUUUUGCUUGAUUUGUCUGUCUUUUAAACACUGUCAAACGCUUCCCUUUUGUUAAAAUUAUUUUAAUUUCACUUUUUUUUGUGCUCUUGUCAGUUUAAGACUAAGACUUUGAAGGUAAAACAAACAAACAAACAUCAGUCUCAGUCUCUUGCUAGUUGAAAUCAAAUAAAAUGUAUACCCA